AUGGUGACGUUCAGGUUCCACUAGAGACACGGGGGCCCGCACUCAAUCGUUCUGGGGCUGCCACGAGGUCAAAAAGCAGUAAGGCUGCCUUAAAAUAAACGUCUUCUGCCUUCGUCAAGCGGACGAGUUUGGCCACUUUAAAGGUAAAACAGGUAGGUCAGCUCUCGGAAAACGUUCCUCUCAAGGGCAUCAGUAGGCGAAACCUGUACAAAAUCGCGAAAAACACCAAUCUCACAAGAAGGCCGCCGAACCCCACCACAGUGAAGCCGAUGGAUCGACUAGGACAGUUGCAAAAACCCCCCAAAGGCCUUAAGUGUGCGGACUGGGAGACUGCCGCCCUUAAUUCCCAAAGGAACUCGUCAUCUCGCAGUCUCAAGGAAAUCCUCGAACUUCAAAACAUCUCACUUCAUGCCCCAUCAACAGAUGCGCGCCUGCAUGAAAGCCGAGGGCAGAUGCAUGAGGUUGACCAGGCUCUGGCCCGGCACAAGGAGUACUAUGCGAAUGAAGAGAAACAGUUUCGAGUAAAGGAAGCUCAACUCAAAGAAAAAGGAGCACAGCUUCAACUUCAGCUGAAUCGAUUCAACAAGUUCGUCGACACAAAUGAGGACAAGAGACGACGGGCCGAAAAGCGCGCUGUGGCAGAACGGGAAAUUAUCAGAGAGAAGGAAAAGACAAUUGUAACACUGAAGGUCGCCGUGGAGCAGAUGGAAGCCAAGGAACAAAAGCUCGAAGCCGGCGUUAAGCGAUGUGCGUCAGACUCUGGGCAAGUGUAUGCUGGAGAAGAAGGUGCCUCCGCAGACAGGCUCUUUUACAUUAGGGUCAAACUCUUAGAGCAAACGGCAAGUGUCGCGGUACGUUUGCCGCUGUGUGCAGUGUGACGGUUUCAAUGACACUGCAAGUGUGACGAUGGCAGUGACUGAAGCGCUCGUGCGCCCACGUACUUGUGUUUACGUUUACCAGCGUAGACUAUCGCGGUGAAGAAAAGUGUCCGUAGCUACUUCUAUAAUAUAUUCGUGAUGCACGGAAGAGUUCCACGUAAUGGGGUAAGUUUGCAGACUUCUAAACAACAAGCAGAGACAAAAUCGCGUUUUU